UGGUUUAUUUAUUAUUCAUUUUAGUUUGUAGGUUAGGUGAAUUAGAAAAUUCAGGAAAAGGAGGGAGGGAGGGCCUUCAAUAUUGAGGAAAAGGAAUCGGACAACAAUAUUACUAGUUUCCUUGUCGCGUGGAAAGCUGUCUUGUUUCACCUAAUACCUAGGGCUCUGUGCUAUUAUAUACACCCACCAUUUCUCCUCCAUCAUCACAUAUAUAUAUGGUUUGUUCAUAUUCAUCUAUCUACAAGUUGUUGUCAGUUUGCACGUAAAAAUGAGUGAUGAACAAAGACACGCCCCUCGUUUGAAUGAGAGGAUCCUCUCAUCAUUGUCAAGGAGGUCUGUCGCCGCUCACCCUUGGCACGAUCUCGAGAUAGGACCUGAAGCUCCAAAUGUUUUCAAUGUUGUCAUUGAGAUAUCAAAAGGCAGUAAAGUCAAAUACGAGCUUGAUAAGAAAACUGGUCUCAUUAAGGUUGAUCGCGUCCUCUACUCAUCAAUGGUGUACCCCCAGAACUAUGGCUUCAUUCCUCGGACUUUAUGUGAAGAUAAUGACCCCAUGGAUGUACUAGUGCUCAUGCAGGAGCCUGUCCUCCCAGGCUGUUUCCUUCGAGCUAGGGCCAUAGGUUUAAUGCCUAUGAUUGAUCAGGGAGAGAAGGAUGAUAAGAUAAUAGCAGUGUGUGCUGACGAUCCAGAAUAUCGCCACUACACUGAUAUUAACCAGCUUGCUCCUCACCGUCUGGCAGAAAUCCGCCGCUUUUUUGAAGACUACAAGAAGCUUGAGAACAAGGAGGUUGCUGUUAAUGAGUUUCUGCCUCCAAGCACUGCUGUCCAAGCCAUCCAAUACUCGAUGGACCUUUAUGCCGAAUACAUAUUACAGACACUGAGAAAGUAAUCUACCAUUGCAAGUCGUUUAAAUGACUUAGCCACCCUGGCAACUUUUAUGUUAUGAUGCAGCCAGAUUGUUGUGUUUUUCUUUCAUAAGAAUUUUCCUUGUAUUUGUUGUCACGCAGAGGAGGUGUGAAAUUCUAUAGCGAAAUUAACACAUUACAUUAUCACUCAGUUCAGUACUUGAA